UACAAUUUGCGGAGUAGUAAUGUGCGACCUCAACCAGAACAUAAAAACAUUUGCCAGCAGAAUACAAAUCACAUGGAAAUGCAACAAUGGACACACUGGGGAAUGGGAGUCAUGUCCCAAUACUCGGGGAAUGGCUGAAAAUAACCUCCUUUCAGCAGCAGCCACACUUUUCACAGGUGCAACAUACACAGACAUUGCUGACUGGGCUGGGCUAUUGAAUCUUCAGCUACCACAAAAAUCCGCAUUUUACACCAUACAGUCAAGCUACCUCAUUCCUGUCAUCAGCGAAGCCUACAAGAAGCAGGAAAGCAUCAUCAAAGCCAGACUCAUCUGCCAGACUCUGGAUGGUGAGAGUGUGCAUGUCUGUGGGGAUGGGAGGAGCGACAGCCCAGGCCAUUCGUGCAAAUACACCACAUAUUCAUUCAUGGAUGACUCUACCAACCAAAUUGUUGUUUUUGAUUUGAUUCAGGUGACCCAAGCCAAAAAGUCUGUCGCCAUGGAACCAAUCGGUUUCAAAAAAGGUCUGGAUAAGCUUUUAGAUGAAGGGAUUAAUGUGAAAGUGGUGACCACUGACAGACAUCCCUCCAUCAGGAAGAUGAUGCGAGAGGACUAUCCGGACAUCGCACACCAGUUUGACCCAUGGCAUGUAGCAAAAGGAAUAAAAAAGAAAUUGGUUAUGGCCUCUAACCGUAAACAUUGCAAGGACCUUGCUCCAUGGGUAAGAAGCGUGAGCAACCAUAUGUGGUGGAGCUGCAGCUCCUCUAAAGGAGAUGAAAAGGAGUUGCUUAGACGAUGGACGUCCAUCCUCCAUCACAUAUGUGAUGUCCAUCGAUGGGAGGAAAACGGAAUUGAAUACAAGUGCUACCACGCUGACCUCUCAUCAGAUGAACAACGGAAGAAGAAAUGGUUGCCUCAGGACUCCCCUGCCUACAAAGCUCUCUAUGAAGUUGUGUUGAACACGCGUCUACUGAAAGAUCUGGAGCAAAUGGCGCUGUUCAAGCACACAGGACAACUCGAGGUUUUCCACAACGCCCUGUUGAAGUACUGCCCGAAGCGCCUGCAUUUUGAGUACCAAUCCAUGCAGCCACGCACAAUGUUGGCCAUUAUGGACCACAAUGAAAAUCAUGACUCACCACGUAAACCGGAAGAAACAAGUGGCCUCCCAAGACACAACAUUGUGUACCAAAAACAGUCAAAACAGUGGAUUGCAAGACCUAUUUACACAAAGACAACCCAAAAUUUCAGAGAUGACCUUAUGGAGGAUGUUGUUAAAAGAAGACUAGACCCAUCCAUCAAAUAUAAAGACUCAUCAUCUCGCAUUCAAGUCCCGUGCCUGGCAGCAAAUAUUGGCCUCCAUCCAAAACCCAGCAAGGAGGAUGUAAUCGAAGGCCACACAUCAAGAUUCAAAACUUAGUUUUAGACCUUCAGUGCCUUCUCCAAAUCAUAUUUGUGUAAUUUUUUUGUCAUACAUUUAUUCAUAAUAAUAAAUAACAGUAUUUCUCAGUUUUCUCUCUGUUUUCUCUUGUUAUGGCGAAUCAGCAUGCACAUUGACUUGGAUG